UGAAGAUAACACACUCUCUGGCGCCAAGAGGCAAGAAACAAAAGCCUAGCUAGAGAUGUAAAAGGUGUCUGUCCUGCCAAAUUGUUCUUCUGAUCCUUGCAAGGAAGAAGAGUGUGUAGUUUUGGCGCUUGUGCGUGCGUGUAUGCAAGUUAGUUGCUUGCCAUCCAUGUCGGGAGUGGCUGCAAGGGAGUGUGCCGGCAGCUUCUCUUCUGUGAGCAGCAAUACUGCAAGGGAGGUGGAGGAAGAGUUCUUGCAGCAUCAGCAGCAGCAGUUCCACACCAAGCCUCUUGUCCUUGGUAGCCCGCCGGAGAUGGGCAACGACGACGGUGAUCUCCAGCGCGUCACCGGCCCAUCGGAGCUGCCGCCGCCCGCCCCGCCGACGGUGAAGAAGAAGAGAAGCCUUCCGGGGACACCAGACCCGAGCGCGGAGGUGAUGGCGCUGUCGCCGCGGACGCUGAUGGCGACGAACCGUUUCGUGUGCGAGAUCUGCCACAAGGGUUUCCAGCGCGACCAGAACCUGCAGCUUCACCGGCGCGGGCACAACCUGCCGUGGAAGCUGCGGCAGCGCGGCGGCGGGGACGGCGCCGCCGCCGGCGGCGGCGGCCCUCCCCGGAAGCGCGUGUACGUGUGCCCGGAGGCGUCGUGCGUGCACCACAACCCGGCGCGGGCGCUGGGUGACCUGACGGGGAUCAAGAAGCACUACUGCCGCAAGCACGGGGAGAAGAAGUGGAAGUGCGAGCGGUGCGGGAAGCGCUACGCCGUGCACUCCGACUGGAAGGCGCACGCCAAGGUCUGCGGCACCCGCGAGUACAAGUGCGACUGCGGCACCGUCUUCUCCAGGCGGGACAGCUUCGUGACGCACAGGGCAUUCUGCGACGCCCUGGCCCAGGAGAACAACAAGCUGGCGCAGCCCAUGAACAUGGCCACGGUGGCCUCGGCGCUCCAGGGCCACGCCCACCACCUCGCCUUGCCGCCGUCCCACGCCGACGACCUCGAUGCUGCCGCCGAGGACGACGCCGACGCCGACUUCAACCUCGACACCAAGAGCCCGCAGCUCAGGUUGCAACCCACCACCAUGUCCGACGCCGCCAACACGCCGUUCCUGCCGCCGCCGCUCAGCAUGGCCGGGUGCAUGCUCUCCAGCCUCGCUGCCGCGAGGCCUGCGCCGUCGCCAUCGACGACAUUCUUCAGCGGCGCCAAGAUAGGCAUUGACGGGCCUAGCGGUCCCACCGGUACCAUGGGCUUUUCGCCGGCGGGCUCGGCGAGCAUGUCCGCGACGGCGCUGCUGCAGAAGGCCGCGGAGAUGGGCGCGACCACGAGCGGCGGGUACGGCGCGGGCUUUCCCACCACCGUCGGCUUCGGGCCCAUGUUGGGUGGGCCUGACCGUUUCCCCAGUCCGUUUGGGCCUCUGAAGGCUGCCAUGGAGCCGCCGUAUGAUGGGCAGCCGUUGUUGGGCCAGACACAGCUAGUUGGGCUCGACGUAGGCAGGCUACUGCUGCCUAUGCCGCCGGGUCAGCAGCUCUACGGCGGCCAUGGUGGUGGGGUCGGCUCGAUGACCAGGGCCAUCGGAUCGCUGAUGCACGGCGGCCAGCAGCAGCAGCAGAUGGUGGAGCACCGCCGGCCGGACGAUCUGCGCGUCGUGGAUUACCUCGGCGUCGAUGAGCAAAGGAGCUUUAGCGGUGUGAGCUCGUUCGGGCCUCACAUCGGUCCAUGGACCUAAUAUCCUUGUAGGAUGCUUCACAUGACAUAAAAUUCAGUACUGUGCUUGGAUGAUGACAAUUCGAAUGUCAAAAAUUUAAAACGA